UGAUCAUCCUUUGGUGUGCGCGGUUAGGCAUGUCAUUCCCUUCUUCACCACCACCACCACCAUCGCACGCACUUCACACAGGAUCUCUCGUCGGCCACAUCAUCUCUCCGCAUUGCGUACGCAAGCAACACUACACACUUGAUUUCGCGCUUGUCAUCCCUUGAGUCUCGAGAUGUCUUUUCUUCGCUCUGCUCUUCCCGCCACCCGAGGCGCUCUGCGCACCGGUGCUGCCUCUUCGGCAGUGCCAAAGUUCGCAACCGCCUCCAAGGCUGGACUUGCUUCUCCCAUGGCUCCUCGCAACUUUGUUACCUGGUUCCCCACUUCUGAGCCUCGUCUCUCCGAAGUCCAGCAAAACCCUGGUCCUCCCCCUCCCGUCGAGAACAUUGGUGUCGAUGCCGUUCUGCGUCAAAACCCCAACGACCCUCACACCCACACCACGACCAUCUUCUCCGAGUUCUCCCUUGAGGGCAAGACUGCAGUCGUGACUGGAGGAAACGGUGGUUUGGGUCUGGAGAUGGCUUUGGCUUUCGUUGAGGCUGGUGCGCACGUGUACGCUAUCGACGUGCCAGAGCAGCCCGGAGAGGAAUUCAAGAUUGUCGCCGAGCACUGUCGUAUCAUGAACCGCGACUUGAAGUACAUCUCUGCUUCGGUCACUGACGACAAGGACAUCAACGAUGUGAUGGAAUUCAUCGUUGGCGACUCUGGCACAGGCACUUUGGACAUUGCUGUGGCUGCCGCUGGUAUUCUUGGCACUCACGAUGCUCUGGUGUACCCAGUAGAGGACUUCAAGAAGAUCUUCGAUGUCAACACCACUGGUGUCUUCUUGACUGCACGUGCAGCAGCCCGUCAAAUGUACAAGCAAAAGGAGGUUCAAGGCUCGAUCAUCCUCAUUGCCUCCAUGUCCGGCUCCAUUGUCAACCGUGACCACCAUUGGGUUGCAUACAACGCCUCCAAGUCUGCCGUUCUCCAAAUGGGCCGUAACUUGGCCGCUGAGUGGGGUCCCCACAACAUCCGAGUCAACUGCAUCUCUCCUGGUCACAUCCGCACCCGCAUGACCAGUGUCUACUUGGAUGCCAACCCUCACCUGCUUGCCAAGUGGUCCACCUCCAACCCUCUCGGACGUCUGGGUAGAUCCGCAGAGAUGCGCGGUGUCGCCGUCUGGCUUGCUUCCCCUGCUUCCAGCUUCUGUAAUGGAUCCGACAUCAUUGUCUCUGGUGGUCACCAAAUCUGGUAAGAGCAGAUUCCUCAAGACAAUAUGCAAAGAGCCCACAUCACCAAAGCAAGACAUUCCUCAUUCUCUCUCUGGCUUCGUUGGCCCCUCCGCAAGCCGUACCUCAUCCAACAUUCUCAG